GAUAGAAUGUAGACUACUACACAAAUACGACCUUGCUACAAAUGCAUUCCAAAGCGAGUGAGAGGGAGUGAGUGCUUAUCAACCGUAUCAGGCGCGACACUGCUAUGACAACCUACCCAUAGACCUGAGCCCUUGUGUUCACUUUUUUUCUCGCCAAUGGCUGCUGCUGCUAGAAACUCCGUCCUGAAAGGCGUAAAACUUGAGAAUGCUCUCAGUGUAAAUAGCUCUAUAGGAGAUGUCGGAACAAUCAGAACGCAAUUACAGCAUAGGAAAGAUCAAUUAAGCAAAGAAAUAGGCGUCGAGCAAGAAAUAACGAAAGGGACUAAAAAGCUGUCAAAAAUGAAAGUAUUGAAUAAGAAAACAAGAGAUCAGGCUUCACUGGAGCAUGAUUUUUCAGUUUCAAAGAUUCAGCUACUGAGAUCGGAACUGGCUAAGAUUAAUAGUUCAUUACAAGCCUAUCAACCUGAGAGUGCCCGAAGCACACAGAUUCCUUUAAUUCCACUCUCACUCAAAACAACAAAUAGAAUAAGUUUCAUCUCUCCUUUAUCUGAUGUGGUUGAAAAGCAUUAUUAUGUUGAUCCAAUAUUAGUACAAGAUGCAAUUUGUGAUUUUCAAGAGCUUCGCUAUUCCAUAUCGUCAGUGCCAAAAGAUGAUAGUGGCAUAAAGACACUCUUUGAAUACUUAGGUCACUUAUCUUUGCUCUCAAAGCGUUUCAUCAAUUCGAAAAUUCAACAUGGCAUCUCGUUCAUAUGGCAUGAUGCUAUUAAUGGUACUCCUGCGACACAGCAAAGCUAUGUAUUUGAAAAGGCUUGUGUGAUAUUCAACAUAGCAGCAUUAUACACCCAGAUAGGAGCACAACAGGAUCGCAGCACCAAAGAAAACAUACAGACGGCUAUCAGCUACUUAGAAAAAGCACUUGGAAUUAUUGAAUACAUGAAGCACAACUUCUCACACUCCCCAACUCUGGAUAUGACACCUCAAGUACUUUCAUUUUUCAGUGAUCUAAUGAGGGCACAAGCUGUUGAGCUCCAGUGGGACCUGCUUGUUCUUGAAGGAUUGAAGGAGACAGAUAUACAAUCGCUAGUAGAGUAUUCACAAAGAACUAAAACAAUAGCAGAAUGCUUUAGACCAUUACGCGAGCUAGUAGAGGAACCUCCUUUUAAGGAAUACAUACCUCCAGCCUGGGCAGCAAUUGUUAAAAUAAAAGACGCUCACUAUAAAGCAAUUGCUCACUAUUAUGCUGCAGUUAUACAUGAGAAAAUGUAUGAGAUUUGCUCAAAAGGAUUAAAUGAUAGAGAUAUUGAGGCACACAGAGCAUCCAUUACAACUGAACUGCAUUUCCUGUACACAGCAGAUAGUACUAAUAUUGAUGAACUCUUCUCUCCUGACGAUAAGCAUCAAAUGGGACUAGCUAAAUCACAUUUAAAUUGUGCUACAGUGCUCCAUGAUUAUGCAUUAAACUUUAAAAGUCUCAGCAAAGAGCUCGAAUCGAUCACAAUACUGAAAAAGUUAUUGGAGGAUGCAAGCACUCGAACACAACGCAUGAAAGACAAAGUGUCCAAUACAGAAAGCAUUGCAAUGAUAUCACCCACAAUACAACCUGCUAUAAUUGAUCUGAAUCCAGUCAUUCCUUCCUUUACAAAAGUGAAAGACACUUUUGAAGCUAUUGGACCUCUACAAAAGUUUUGUGCUGAAUACUCUUGGAGUCCUCCGAAGAAACUGACGCUCAGUAAAAGGACAACCGGAGGAUAUGGAUUCUCUGUACGAGGCUCUAAACCCGUUCGAAUAUCAUCAGUCAGAGAUGAUGAUGAUGAUAGGGGUCUUGCUGUUGAUGACUGGAUAAUAAAAGUUAAUGACAAAGAUGUGAGAUGGCUCAUGCAUGCUGAUGUUGUAUCACUUGUACAAUCCUCACCAAAUGACAUACUGGAAAUUGAAGUCAUUACUCCAACUGCAUCAGCGACACCCACAGCUAAAGGAGUUGGUAAGACACCUACAUCUAAAGAACCACCGACAAGCAUUUAAUGGAGUUUUACUGUUUGUGAACACACAUUUGAGAUAUACACACACAUAUAUAUGCAACAAAAGUCUAGCAAAUUAUAUAAAGUGGCAAUAUAAUAAAGUUUUUUUGUUUUUUUUAAUGAA